AGGAAAAAACCUGCUGGUUCAGCCGCCGGCUGUGAUCGUGCUGCACCCAUAGGCUACAUCUGUGUUGUUGCAAAGGUAAACAGCACUUCGUUUUUUGCGCAACCACAGCACAUGCCCGUGACCACAGAAUAGCUUCGCAUUUAUCCCUCCCCUCGUGAGUCCUCGCUUCCUCCCCUCAGUAACCAGAGCAACAAAUAUGAUCACCGACGAGCGAGACGAGAGCUUUCGCGAAAUGGCCGCCCUGGGCAAUCUGAAGGCUGUCACGGCGUAUAUCCGAUCUGGGAUCUGCAUCGACGGCCAAAACAAAAUGAACGGCUGGACAGCCCUCCACUGGGCGUGCAAGCGCGGUCACGCCCGCAUAGUCGAUGUCCUGUUGCGCGCAGGCGCAGACUCUAUGCUGAAAAACACCCAAGGACAAACACCCCUGGAUCUGAGCAAAUCUGACGAGAUUCGGGCGCUGUUUGCUACCAUUGCAAACAUUGAUGUCGUCACACUGGCGCCCACCCAACCAGCGGAAGGCGACGAAAAGACGUUCACGCCAAACUACCUAGUCAAUCCAGACCUGACAAAAGCGUGGGGCGUGCCGGAGGACGCGAUGCUGCCGAGCCAGGGCGACUCGAGCUAUGUGCAGCAGCUGCAGCAGGAGGCAUCGAUCAGCACCAGCGCCAAGCGCACCCAGAGGAUCGCGGAGAAGGCGAGUCCGGCUAAUCUGGCAGCUGGAUCUGCCCAGGGACAGCAGGGACCUGUAGCCACUGCUGCAUCGGCGGAUGAGGAACGCGAGAUCCUUGUUUAUAAACAAAUUUUCGCAGAUGACAAUCUGGUAGGCUCGGUGUUGGUCGGCUCGGAGAAAACGGUGAAUGACCUGGCCGCGGUUAUUCGUGAGGAGCUCGACGGUAUCCCCAGCAACUUUAGCAUUGCACGGAACAACGGCCGCCAAACCAUCCCAAUCAGCGCCCGGCAGCAUGAAUUCAGUGUGACCAAGGUGUUUAGGAGCGCCGAUGAUGCUGCAGUCAUCGUGGCCAAAGAAUGAUAGAAGCUUUAUUACCUGUUUGCCUGUGUUAUUUAGAGCGAAAGGAGGGGCUGCCAAUACACCUUUUUUGUUUCUUUUUUGCUAGGACACAGUCAAUUUGGCAGUGUCGCUGCGGUUUGUCCCUGUUGCUGUAACCAUGUGGUAAGAGAUGCGGACAUUGCCUGCCAUUGGCUUUGUGCAGCCGAGGACACCAGAUCCUGUUUACCACACAUGAGAAUCUGAACAUGCUGCGCUCACAAUGUGCACACU